UUGUUGAUUUUUGUGUUAUCACACAAACAUUUUUCAAUUUUUUUUUUCGAAAAUCUACGUCUUUCUACGCCGAAUUAAUUCGAUUUUAUUAAUAUUUUAAGGAAUUUAGUUCUCAAAUUUAGUGACCAUGUCAAAACGAGGACGUGGUGGCUCAGCCGGAGCUAAAUUCAGAAUUUCACUCGGUUUACCGGUCGGAGCAGUUAUCAACUGUGCCGAUAACACAGGAGCUAAAAAUCUUUUCGUAAUAGCCGUACAUGGAGUAAAAGGACGUCUGAAUCGAUUACCCGCAGCAGGAUGUGGAGAUAUGUUCGUAGCUACCGUAAAAAAAGGAAAACCAGAAUUACGUAAAAAAGUCAUGCCAGCGGUUGUAAUUCGUCAACGUAAACCAUUCCGCAGGAAGGACGGUGUUUUUAUUUAUUUUGAAGAUAAUGCCGGAGUCAUAGUUAAUAACAAAGGAGAAAUGAAAGGAAGCGCUAUAACCGGACCAGUUGCUAAAGAAUGCGCCGAUCUGUGGCCUAGGAUAGCAUCGAACGCCAGCAGUAUCGCGUAAAUCGUAAAAAAUUACCCCUCAUCGCUAAUUUAAUUGUAUUUUAUUAUAAAUAAAAAACUUGGUUUUCAAAA